AUGGUUCCAACCACACCGUUACGGACAAUGGCCCUGUCCAUGGGGGUCUCUAGAAGGACCAUGGUCUCUUGCACAGUCUGCGCAUGGCGACGGCACCUGAGCACCUCCCGACCUUACCUGGCCGACAAGCUCCCGACCCCGGCGCCCGGCGCCGCCCCCGUAGAGGCUCCGAAGCCCGACCUCCCCGGAUCUGCCAUUCAUGCCCCGAGAGCAUACGGCAAGAAGAUCAACAACUUUACGCCGCAGCCUCUGCCGCGCCCCAUCGGCAUGGCGCACCCGCCUCACCCUGAGGACAACUCUGGCGUGGAUAGGAGGUCGCUGAAAGAACGAAGGGACGACUUUGUCGACUACGACAAGCAUCUUGUGCGCCGUAAAGAGCUUAAGGAAAAGAUGGCACGCCCCUACUUCCGCGACUGGCGCAACAUGCAGUUCCACGAGGGCAAAUCCUUCAUCGCACCCCCUUUGCCUUUCAAGGCCGACAUGUCCCUCUUCUUUCCCAACUUCGUCGGCGACACCCUCGCCAAGAACGCAAACAACCCCCGCGACACGACGCGGACGCUGCUCGACAAGAUCUCCGUCGUCGCCGUUUACAGCAGCCAGUGGGCCGACGACCAGGCAAAGACCUUCAUUUCCCCCGAGGCCAACCCCGCGCUGCACGAGCUCCUGGCCAAGACGCCCGGCAAGACGCAGGUCCUCCAGCUCAAUGUUGAGGACAACAAGUUCAAGGCGUGGAUCGUAAAGAUGUUCAUGGGCAACUUGCGCAAACAGAUCCCUGAGCACAAUUGGGGAAAGUACUUCCUCGUACCCCGCGGCAUCACAAAUGAGAUUAGCGAGUCUAUUGGAUAUCUCAACAGCAAAGUAGGCUAUGUCUAUCUGGUGGACAACCUGUGUAGGAUAAGAUGGGCUGCCAGUGGUCCCAGUCACCCCGAUGAGAGGGACAGCUUGGUGAAGAGCAUGAAGCUAGUCCUCCACGAGUGGAAUAAGAACGAAAAGGCAGCACUCGAGGCUGCCCAGGUGAAUAACGCAGCGAAGGGAAAGAAGGAAGUAUCCUGA